AUGCAAGUGGAAGAGAACUGUCAAAAGUGCUUUUCACGACGUCGCUCUUGGUUCACUUUUCAUCGCGAAAAAAUGGUGGACGUGGCCGAUGGUUGAGAAGUCGUCGCGGAUUAAUUUAAUUUUCUAGUGGCUAAACGGAACCUUUCCGAGGAUUAUAUUGCGGGCCCAGGUUUUGUCCGAUUUCGGGGGCAUCGAUUGUGUGUGAAUUCCGUGUGCUGGGAGCGGUUUCCUGGGCGGAAACAGUGACUUGUUGUUUGCCUUUAGGGGGGUGAAAGUGUUUUUUUUUCGUUGCAAAAUCUGUUUUUCUCUGCGGGCUGAAUCCCAGAAGUGAGGUGGAGAACCGUGCAAAAUGUCCGAAGUGGUGGUCAAGGGAGGAGGGGCCAGUGGUGCUGCAGCAGGACCGCCUGCGGCCAGUUCCGCUGCUGGAGGUGGAGCCACAGCGGCCACCCAGUCCGAACCCGACAUGAAGGGUUGGCUGCUCAAGUGGACAAAUUACCUCAAGGGUUACCAGAAGCGGUGGUUCGUUUUGUCCAAGGGAGUGCUGUCCUAUUACAGGGCUGAACACGGAGCCGGAGCGAACGCAGGGGGCAGAGGUGCCGGGGGCAAAUUAUCUAUACGACGUCGCAGGAAAGGCCCCCGAGCGGAGAGCAAAGGAUCCAUGAUGCAAUGCAUUCGGGCACCUCACUCGCCCACUAGGCUACUGGCUUCCCCACCCGAAUCGAAAAAAGACCGAAAGAAAAGCAAAAAGAAUCAAGCGGAGAUGACACACACCUGUCGCGGUACAAUAUCCCUCCACGGGGCCCUCAUCCACACCGUGGAUUCGUGCACCUUUGUGAUAUCGAACGGCGGAACCCAGACGUUCCACAUAAAAGCUGCCAACGAGGUGGAACGGCAGUCCUGGGUGACGGCGUUGGAGCUGGCCAAAGCAAAAGCAAUACGAGCCAUGGAAAGCGACGAAGAGGAGGAGGACACGGCGGCCAACACGAUACCGAGCGAGGAGCUGAACCUGGUGGUGCGGGAGUUGACCGUCAGGCUGGAGAACCUAAAGACGUGCUACGAUCUAAUUACGAAGCACGGUUCGGCGCUGCAACGAGCCUUGAACGAGCUGGAAUCCGGCGAAGACCUACCCAACAAGACGAAAAUUGUCAGCGAACGGGCCACGCUGUUCCGGAUAUCAUCGAAUGCAAUGAUUAAUGCGUGUUCCGAUUACCUGCAGACGGCGCAAACCCAGGGCCACAAGUGGUCCAAGAUGCUGCAGCACGAGCGCGACCAGAAGCUGCAUCUGGAGGAGAUGGUCGAGCAGCUGGCGAGGCAGCACUCGCACCUGGAGCAGGCAGCGCACCGUCACCGACCGAACGCCACCACUUCCGCCUCCGACGACGAGGAUAAUGAGUUCUACGACGCACAAGAAGAAGGUGGUUCCGUCGCUUCCCAGGAAGACAGCUCGUUCAUACUGAAGAUUCCGGUCGCGCACCACCAUCACCACCGGCGCAACUCCAACGACGCUACGGGUAGCUCCUCCGAGGGCGAAGACGGCAAUAGUGAAACACAGCAAGUAUUAGUAGUCACCGAUAACUUAGACAAUAUGGACGUGACGGAUAGAAUAUCUGUAAAUAGUAGUCAAGCACUAACACCAACGCUUUCCAACAACAACCAGUCCACGAAGGUGGCGCGGACGCGGCGAUUGCGCGUCCCCGACAAGCCCAACUAUCCGCUGAACCUGUGGUCAAUCAUCAAGAACUGCAUCGGCAAGGAUCUGUCCAAGAUCCCGAUGCCGGUCAACUUUAACGAGCCGCUGUCGAUGCUGCAAAGAUUAACGGAAGAUUUCGAGUACUCGGAAAUCCUGGACAAGGCCGCCCAGUGCAAGGACGCCUGCGAACAGCUCGCGUACGUGACCGCAUUUACCAUCUCGAGCUACUCGACGACGAGCAACCGCACCGGCAAGCCGUUUAACCCGCUGCUCGGCGAAACGUACGAGUGCGACCGGACGGAUGACCUCGGGUGGCGAUGCGUCAACGAGCAGGUGUCCCAUCAUCCGCCGAUGGCGGCCCAGUACUGCGAGGGACGCGGCUGGCGAUGCUGGCAGGAGUUCACGAUGACGUCCAAGUUCCGCGGCAAGUACAUCCAGAUCGUUCCGCUGGGGUACGCCCACGUGGAGUUCCCCGCCACCGGUAACCGGUACACGUGGCGCAAGGUCACGACCACGGUGCACAACAUAAUCGUGGGCAAGCUGUGGGUGGACAAUCACGGCGACAUGGAGAUCUUUGGCGAAAAGAGCGCCAAGGGGGUCAAGUGUCAUCUGAAAUAUCUGCCCUAUUCGUACUUUACGCGGGACACCCAGCGCCGGGUCAAGGGCGUCGUCAUGGAUAACGCGAGCCAGGUCAAGUGGGUCAUCAACGGCACCUGGGACAGCAAGAUCGAAAUCGCCCCGGUCACCUCGACCAGCGGUUCGGCGGAGAAUCCCGUCUUCAAGACGGGCAACUACAAGACGGCCUGGAACCGGCGGUUACCGGCCAGCGACUGCGAAAAGUACUACAAUUUUACGACGCUCGCCUGCCAGCUGAACGAACCGGAGCCGGACGUCGCGCCGACGGAUUCGCGGCUGCGGCCCGACCAGCGGCUCAUGGAGGACGGCAAGUGGAACGAGAGCAAUGGCGAAAAAUUAAGACUGGAAGAGAAGCAACGAGCGCGGCGACGCGAGCGGGAAGCCGAAGCGGAGAAGGCCGCCGCCGAGGGCCGACCCUACCCGCCGUACGAGCCGGUCUGGUUCGACAAGCGCAAAGAGGACGGCACCGACCAGCUGGUGCACGUCUUCAAGGGCACCUACUGGGACGCCAAGGCGAAACAGGACUGGUCCAAGAGUCCGGAUAUAUUCUAAGCGGGUUGGGUUCGGUUCGGUUUUUGGUUAUACAUAAUUACCUACAAACAGACACACACAUACAACUACAGCAAAACUGUUCUACUGUUCGAAACCCGCUUCGUAGAUUCUUGUGAGUGAGUGCGCGCGAGUGGCUGAGAACGUGAGUGACUGGGAUGAGUGCACGCGAGUCGCGUCGUUGCCAUGCAGGGUUAAUUAAAAGUGAGUUGAGUGCGAGGCAACUACAAAAACGAAGGUUUUAUCCGCAAUUUAUGCUGUUUAAUUUAACAAAAAAGAAUGAAACAAACUUUAAGCUACGCCAAUGUGUUACAUCUUUUAGGAUUCAAAACGCUGAUUGUUUACCCCCUCCCUAGAGUAACGAUGAAUAAAUGCAGCAGCUGAUGCGAUUAUUCUUCCUAAACGUUCUGUUGUUCUGUUGAUUCGUUUACCAAAAAAGUGUACAUUUACUCUGUUAUAUAUGUAUGAUAACUUUAUUUCUCAGUAAGAGUUGAAAAUAUGCCUGGUUAAUGUGACUAUUUAAAAAGAAAAAAAAAGCAAAAACGUAACGAGACAACACAAACAAACAAAAAAACUAUACAACUCGAGCGAACUGGAAAGCGGUCUCCCAUAUUGAUAUGAUAGCAUUCUAAUGAUAAUUGUGACAUCUUCUCUUUGAGAAGCAACUAAGAAAACAUUUUGGGAUAACUUUACCUAAGAAAAAAAAAACUAUUGCUAUUUCUAGUGAAAACACAACAAAAAAAAACCUAAUUAUUACUACUAAACUGAAAGUGAAAACCACGACUAGAUUGGUGAAAGCAUAAACUAAUGAAAAUAUACUACCUUUAAUGUUUCCAAAUGGUGCAAAGGUUUUUGUUUUCUCUUUCUUUUAGUGAGACGUCCAGUUUGAGUUUUAGAGAUAGCAAAAGAUACAAAAUCAAUCCAAUUUAUGUUAGACUUUCGCGACGCUAAACGCUAAAUAGCAAACAAUUUUUAACGAUUCAAUAGUCUUCUGGCUUGUUCAUACUGUUAAAACACACACACACACACCCUAUUAAGAACUAUAUGUAUAAACUCCAUGCAAAAAAAAAAUAAACAAAACAAAGCAAAGCAAAAACCCUCUCUAUGGCAAAGAAAUAAACAAAAUAAUCAAUCCGUCAUAAAAAAAACACUCAGUUUACGGUGGUGCAGAGAUAAAAUUACAAAACACAACUGAAGCAAAAUAAUAGCGAAUAAACGAAGGUAACUAAACUAAACUGUUAGAUAAAAAAAUAGUUAUGAUAAUUGACAAACGAUAAAUUAAAGCAAAAGCAAACAAAAAAAGGGAAAAUAUUUCAGAAAGGCAUGAACGACAUACAACACACCUAGCACCUAUCUAAAUAAACUAAAACCACACACAAACAAACAAACAACAUGAAUUUAACGAAAAAUAGCAGGUUUAAAUUUGUUCGGAUGAAAAAAGUAGAACAAAGAGAGGAAAACAUUUGCCAGCGUCGACGACAAAAAAAAACAAAACAAAAACACACACACGCAAGUGACAGACAUUACUAGUUGUUACGCUUAUGAAGCUAUUCAAAGGAAAAAAUAAUGAGUGAAGGAAAAAAAA